GCGAGAGCCUAGCUUAAACUUGGGUCUGCGCAGCAGAACUAGGCAUCUGUGUGCAGCCAAACUGUCACACAAAGUUACCUUCAACGACGCGCUAACUCUCUCCGCAAUUGCCGCGAGCUAGAACCACGAAGCGGUCGCGUACAAAGCCUCAAAAGCCGGCCUGUGUUUCUGGACCCAGAUCACGCAAUCGACGCGACACCUCCGUAGAAAACUAGCAAAAAAGUCAUGCCAAGCAGCCGAUUAAAAACAACAGCAGCCGUCUGGGGCGGCGUAGGCCUCGCCGCGAUCACGAUAAGAGCUCUAAAGCGCUGGCGCAACCGCAAACGCGAAGAACGCAUCGCGAAGCAAGGCGGCCGCCUGCCCGACUGCCCCACCGUCGUCCAUGCCUUAGCCAAGCGCGCUACGGAAACACCGGACGCCGUCGCCCUCGUCGCCUGCGACGGCACACAAUACACGUGGGCCCAGUACGACAAUGAGUCCUCCGCCUUCGCCCGGUCAUUGAUAGAGCUCGGCGAGAAGCAGGGCGUCGCCGUGCACGCCUUCAACGAGCCGCGCUGGUUCUUCGCCGCGCUAGGCGCUCUCAAGGCGGGCUGGACCGUGUCCGGGAUAUAUACGACCAAUACGUAUGAGCAAGCGGCGCACAUCAUCAGAACGAGCGGCGUCCGCGUCUUGGUGCUGGAGUCCACGAAGCAAUUAUCAACGACUUAUAAAUCGGUAUUCAACGACUUUCCGGGUCUCAAAGUUGUUUUAUUGGACGCUACUCAGACGUCGAAGGUGCGACCCGCUCUAGCUUAUGAUUCCUUCGUGCGGCGGGGCGGCGCGCGCUUGUCCAUCACGGCAUCGUCGUCAGAUGUCGCCUCGCUCGUCUACACGUCGGGCACGACGGGAAAUCCAAAAGCUGUUGAAUUGACGCACAACAGUGUCAGGGAGGUCUGCGCGAUGAUGCAUGCUCGGAUUCCGCUGGAUGAGCGCACAAGACUCGUGUCGUACCUACCUCUCUCGCAUAUCGCGGCCAUGGGUAUUGAUGUUUAUUCGGCGAUUUACUGCGGCGCCCAAGUGCACUUCGCCGACGCGAUGGCUCUGAAGGGGUCGCUCAAAAAUACGUUACUACAAUGUAGACCUACUUUAUUCUUCGGCGUGCCGCGCGUCUGGGAGAAGAUGGCCGCGGCGAUGCAAUCGAAGGCAAAGGAGGCGUACGCCGCCAGCAAGGCGAAGAAGGCGAUUGGUACAGCGGCGAAGAAAGUGGGCGGCCUCUGGUGGCACGAGCACACUCCUGAAAUUUUCAGAGUUGUGUUAGCGGCGCCGUUCGGGCUCUUCAAAAUUCUCGCGUAUAAAAAAGUGCGAAAGGCGUGCGGCCUCGACAGGUGCACGCUGUUGUACACGGGCGCGGCGCCGUUGUCCGAAGCGACGCAGCGCUAUUUGCGGUCGCUGGACAUGCCGCUCCUGGAGGUCUUCGGCAUGAGCGAGAGCUGUGGUGCUAUUGCCGUCUGCGGACCCUUAGAUGGUGCAAGGCCGGUAGGUGCUUGUGGGAGGCCGCUGCCGCGGGGCGAGGUCGAGAUCGGCGGCGACGGCGAGGUGCUGUGGAGAGGAGGUAACGUCAUGCGCGGCUACCGCGGUUUGCGAAAGGCCACGGACGAGGCCGUCGACCCGAGCAGUCGCCAGCUCCACACGGGGGAUCUGGGCGAGAUCGACGGAGACGGCUACCUGCGGAUCACGGGUCGCAAGAAAGAUUUAAUUAUCACGGCGGGCGGCGAGAACGUCGCUCCCACGCCCAUCGAGAACGUCUUGUGUUCAUUGAUUCCGCGCUGCGGCCACGUCGUGCUGAUAGGCGACCGCAAGAAGUAUCUGGCCGCAUUAGUCGCCCCGUCGGACGACACCACGAAGCCGCCGUCGGCCGACGACAUAUCGGCUGCGUUGGAGACGUACAACAAGUCGCACGCGAAGUCGCGGGCCCAGACGGUCCAGAAGUGCCGCGUGCUCGAUCGGUGCUUCUCGGUGGAUGGUGGUGAACUCACGCCGACCAUGAAGGUGAAAAGGGCGGCCGUCAUCAAGACCUAUUCCGAGGACGUCGACGCGUUGUACGCCACUUCUUCUCUAGUUUCUUACUCAACGGAAAACAUCCUCGACGUGGCCGCCGCGGCGCGCGCGGCGCCCUAGGAGGCGCUAAGACUACAAGUCUGCGAAACU